AUUUCAUUUAUUGGAAGUUGAACAGUAUCAUGUCUGGGCAUAAGAAACGUCGUGCAGAAGCCAAAAGUGGGGUUGGAAAGAAGACAAAGACAGGCAAGGGUUCUCAACCAGGAGAAGAAUACAUUGAGGCUGUUGGGGAGACGAUUCCAAUAGAUCCGGUGUCAGGGGAAGACAGUCAGGAGGAGAGAGAAGGCAUAACGGCCAGUGAAGCAGCAUCCGAAAAUGAGACCGAAAAUAUUGUGAUUGAAGAAAAUACCGACUCAAAUGAUAGCUCCGACGAUGAUGCUUCAACGGCGGAAAGCUCUGACGAUGAGUUCAAGACAAAUCGUCCUCUGGUUCUACUAUCCCCGGAGGAUAAGGAGGCGCUGAUGGAAAGGACGAGAAAGGGAAAAGAUACAACUGCUACAUCCAAACCUGGCGUGGUCUUCCUUGGCCGAAUUCCACAUGGAUUUUAUGAGAAAGAGAUGAAGGCGUACUUUUCACAAUUUGGAGAUGUUAAACGCUUACGCCUUUCACGGAAUAAGAAGACUGGGAAAUCGAAGCAUUACGCAUUUAUAGAGUUUUCCUCGGAAGAUACGGCAAAGAUUGUCGCUGAGACGAUGGAUAAUUAUCUGCUGUUUAACCAUCUGCUAAGAUGCAAGUUCGUUCCAGAAGAUGGUGUACAUCCUGAAACAUGGAAAGGAGCGGACAAGAAGUUCAAAGUCAUACCACGGGCAAAAUUGCAACGCGAAAAGCACAACAAGUCGCCUUCGAAGAAAACGCACGACCGGCAAGUGAAAUCGUUACUGGAAAAAGAAUCAAACAAGCGUGCCCGCCUUCAAGCGCUUGGUAUUGAUUACGACUUCCCAGGAUACUCGCAUAACACUGCGGGUCGUACCACCUCGUCAUGAUCGACUCCGGAACGCACAGGACGCCGAAUCUAUUUAAAUGACAGAUACUUGUACAUUAUCUUGUUAACUGCACGUGUCUACAUGUAGAAGUAAUAAUUUGGUUGGAAACCGUACAAAAUGCGCGGUAAUCCGGACUCUCGUUGAUAACUACUCCUUCUAAAGUCCCA